AUGGGCUGGCUGCGGGAGACAGCGCUAGCGCGCGGCCAGAACGCACUGCGGGGCCGAGUGCCGACAGGAAAUCGAAAAAGCUGUUCAGCGGCAGAGGCCGGGAGGCUCGAAGGGCUCCCCACACGCUCGGUGCUCCAGAAGCGCGCCGGCUCUGCCCCGACGCGAUCGCCCGGGGAGCCCGGGGGGGGGGGAGGGGGCGCGCAGUGGGCCCCGGGGCGUCCGGCGGCCGCGGGGCCGAGCGCGCGUGUGAGCGAGUGCGAGGCUGCCGGCGGGCGAGUGUCCGCCGCCGCCGCCGCCGCUCCCGAUCGCGCCGGCGCUGCACGGGAGUCAGCCCGCCGCCGCCGCCGCCGCCUGCUUUGUGCUUCCCACAGAAGAUGGGAGCGACCUCUUCCUGAUCGGGAGCUGUUUAAAAGAAGGGAGUGCGCCGUGUUUCCUACUAGCGUGGAGGAACGGAGAAGAAUCCAUUCACACUCCCCAAACCAGGUUGUGACAGUUGGAAGUGUCGUGUACAACAUGCUGCGAUUAAGUCUUUCACCCACCUUUUCAAUGGGAUUACAUCUGUUAGUUGUCCUGGCUCUCUUAUUUUCCCAUGUGGACCACGUAAUUGCGGAGACAGAAAUGGAAGGAGAAGGAAAUGAAACUGGUGAAUGUACUGGCUCAUAUUACUGUAAGAAAGGGGUGAUUUUGCCCAUCUGGGAGCCCCAAGACCCUUCUUUUGGGGACAAAAUUGCUAGAGCUACUGUGUAUUUUGUGGCCAUGGUCUACAUGUUUCUUGGAGUCUCUAUCAUAGCUGAUCGGUUCAUGUCCUCUAUAGAAGUCAUCACAUCUCAAGAAAAAGAAAUAACCAUAAAGAAACCCAAUGGAGAGACCACCAAGACAACUGUGAGGAUCUGGAACGAGACUGUUUCCAACCUGACCUUGAUGGCCCUGGGAUCUUCUGCUCCUGAGAUUCUCCUUUCAGUAAUUGAAGUGUGCGGCCAUAACUUCACUGCAGGAGACCUCGGUCCUAGCACCAUCGUGGGAAGUGCUGCGUUCAAUAUGUUCAUCAUUAUUGCACUCUGUGUUUACGUGGUCCCUGACGGAGAGACAAGGAAGAUUAAGCAUUUGCGUGUGUUCUUCGUGACGGCAGCCUGGAGCAUCUUUGCCUACACCUGGCUUUACAUUAUUUUGUCUGUCAUCUCUCCUGGCGUUGUGGAGGUCUGGGAAGGUUUGCUUACUUUCUUCUUCUUUCCCAUCUGUGUUGUGUUCGCUUGGGUAGCAGAUAGGAGACUUCUCUUUUAUAAGUAUGUCUACAAGAGGUAUCGAGCUGGCAAGCAAAGGGGCAUGAUUAUUGAACACGAAGGAGACAGGCCAUCUUCCAAGACUGAAAUUGAAAUGGAUGGGAAAGUGGUCAAUUCUCAUGUUGACAGUUUCUUAGAUGGUGCUCUGGUUCUGGAGGUGGAUGAGAGGGACCAAGAUGAUGAAGAAGCUAGGCGAGAAAUGGCUAGGAUUCUGAAGGAACUUAAGCAGAAACAUCCAGAGAAAGAAAUAGAGCAAUUAAUAGAAUUAGCUAACUACCAAGUCCUAAGUCAGCAGCAAAAAAGUAGAGCCUUUUACCGCAUUCAAGCUACCCGCCUGAUGACAGGAGCUGGCAACAUUUUAAAACGGCAUGCAGCUGACCAAGCAAGGAAGGCUGUCAGCAUGCAUGAGGUCAACACUGAAGUGGCUGAAAACGACCCUGUUAGUAAGAUCUUCUUUGAACAAGGGACAUAUCAGUGCCUGGAGAACUGUGGUACUGUGGCCCUUACUAUUAUCCGCAGAGGUGGUGAUUUGACCAACACUGUGUUUGUGGACUUCAGAACGGAGGAUGGCACAGCAAAUGCUGGGUCUGAUUAUGAAUUUACUGAAGGAACUGUGGUGUUUAAGCCUGGUGAGAUGCAGAAGGAAAUUAGAGUGGGUAUCAUUGAUGAUGAUAUCUUUGAGGAGGAUGAAAAUUUCCUUGUGCAUCUCAGCAAUGUCAAAGUAUCUUCCGAAGCUUCAGAAGAUGGCAUACUGGAAGCCAAUCAUGUUUCUACACUUGCUUGCCUCGGUUCUCCCUCCACUGCCACUGUAACUAUUUUUGAUGAUGACCACGCAGGCAUUUUUACUUUUGAGGAACCUGUGACUCACGUGAGUGAGAGCAUUGGCAUCAUGGAGGUGAAAGUAUUGAGAACAUCUGGAGCUCGAGGAAAUGUUAUUGUUCCGUAUAAAACCAUUGAAGGAACUGCCAGAGGUGGAGGCGAGGAUUUUGAAGACACCUGUGGAGAGCUCGAAUUCCAGAAUGAUGAAAUUGUGUAAACAAUAUCAAUCAAGGCAA